CGCACCGGCUCCAGGCUCCUCACUCUCCGCCCGGCCGUCCACCUGGCAAGUCCUCCGCUCACCUGCUCCUCGCGUUACCUGUCCAGCCAUGGCGGGUCCGAAGGUGUCGCCCGCCCCCGCUGCCCUCCUCUUCACCCUGUUCCUGGCGGCCCCGGUGUUCAUUAGGGGGGACUACCUCGUCACCACGCCCCGCCAGUGGAUCUCCCCCGGCACAUCCCAGGUAUGCGUCUUCGUGCAGGACCCCGCGGCGCCAGCAGGGAGCCUCAACCUCACCCUGGUCGAUGGCUAUAGUUCCACGCCCGACCCCAAUAGCAAACUGGGGGAGAAGGUCUUUGAUAUCCCUGCCGGCAAGUACGAGCAGUGUCACGACAUUACCGUCAACAAAUCAGAGUCCUACUCAGUGACGCUCCUGAUCGAGGGGAAGGUGGGCGGCGUGACGGUGAAGGACAAGAAGGACAUCAUUCUUCAGCGCAACAACGACGAGACCUUCAUCCAGACCGACAGGUACCUCUACCGCCCCGGCGAAAAGGUGCAGUUUCGCGUGCUGACCAUCACCGGGAACAAGCUGGAGGUGUCCAAGGAGGAGUACUCGGAGAUCUACGUCACCACACCCUCACGCAACCGCAUCGCCCAGUGGAAGAACGUCACCAACACGGAUGGCUUGGUGCACCUCGACUUCCAGCUUGCCGACGAGCCCGAGGAGGGGUCGUACAGGAUCCACGUAAAGACCCAGAGCGGGAGUACCACCCAGACGUUCAAGGUGGAAGAGUUCGUGUUACCGCGCUUCGAAGUCAAGAUCAAGCCGCCCGCCUACGCCCUCCCCACCGAUGAGAAAUACUCCUUCCAAGUGUGCGCCAACUACACCUUCGGGCAGCCUGUGAAGGGCAACCUGUCGUUCACCAUCCACAACCAGCAGGGGAGGAAGUGUCGCAAGGAAGUCACUCACAAUGUCACCAUCGACGGCUGCAUCGACUUGGCGGUGACGUCCGAGGAGAUGCAGGUGAUCGACUGCUCCGUUUACUCCCUGGAAGCCUCGGCCACGGUGGACGAGGCGGGGACGGGCGUGCAGCUGGGUGGGAAGCAGCUGCUCUCCAUCACCCGCUCCGUUGUCAACUUCAAACCUAUAUAUAAGGACGAAUUUAUGAAGCCCAACCUCCCCUUCACGGUCAAGCUGCGCGCCGAGCUACCCGACGGGACCCCCGCCUCUGGCGUCCCCGUGGAGGUGUGUGCCGCCGGCCGCUGCAACAACGACACCACGGCCCUCGACGGCAUCCUCAACAUGGUGCUGCCCAACUACGAUGCAAACAGUGUCCGCGUGAAGACCCUCAACUGCCGCGCCAGCACAGACUCCACCCAGUACACGGAAAACAUCGAGCACUACUUCUCGCCCUCCAACUCCUCGCUGCUCAUCGUGGCGCAGGAGAACACGCUCGAGUGCUCUCCCGCCGCCCCCAAGAAGCACCGCCUCUCCGUCCUCUUCUCCGCCCGCGACCAGCCCACCGCUACCCUCACUGUACAGAUCGUCUCCCGCGGCAUCAUCCAGCACACGGCCACGCAGGAGGUGACGCUGACGGCCGGCGAGCUGCCCGUCAACGCCGCCAACCUGGUGGAGCCCAUGCCGGCGCCCAUCGAGGGGACCGUGCGGGGCGUGCUGAACCUGGACGUGGAUCUGCCGCCCACUGCGUCCCCCAAGGCUAGGGUGUUGGUUUGGUACACGCGCGCCGACGGGGAGGUGGUGAGCGACGUGCGAGAGCUGCAGGUCAAGCGCUGCCUGGCCAACAACGUGACUCUGGGCUGGUCCACGCCGAAGGCACAGCCGGGAGACACUGCAUCCUUGACCCUUGGCAGCGAACCUAACUCGGUGUGCAGUCUGGGCGUGGUGGACAGGAGCACAGAAUUACUGACGAAGGAACCCGACCCAAUCACGCUGGAGAGACUGUUCGACUUCGCCGACAGGUUCACCAUCUACAAGUACACCCGCUCGCAGAUCAACGACUACGACUACUGCAACGAAAAGCACCGCCCCAAGCCAGAGCCACUCACAGUCGAUACAGAGGGUUCCAUCGAGCCGCCAAUUCUGCCACCCAUCUACAGGUACUACAGCAGCUACGUGGACGCCCUCAAGAUGUUCUCGGACGCCGGUGUGUACGUGAUCACGGACCUCACGGUGGAGACUCGGCCGUGCGAGAAAGAAGUGGUGGUGGGAAGGCCCGUGUAUUAUCGCGGAAAAGAGUACCACCACCACGUUGGGUUCGGUGGAGGUGGCCCCUUCUUCGAGAGUGCAGUUAACGCACGACCUCCGCCUCAAGCCGUCGCUGCUGUUGCCGACACUGACUUCACCCUGGAGAAGGAAGGCGUCGACCAGGCUGACAGUGGCGCCACGCUGGACGCACCGAGGACAGACUUCCCGGAGACGUGGCUGUGGGACAUCGUGGUGGUACCGGAGACGGGCAGCCAGGAGCAGCAGGUGACUCUCCCGGACACCAUCACGCAGUGGGUGGGCAAGGCCAUAUGCGUGCACCCCCAGGCCGGCGUGGGCAUCUCCGACAAGCAGUCCAUCAUCACCUUCACGCCCUUCUUCAUCGACCUGACGCUGCCGCCCACCGUCAAGCGCGGGGAGAUCCUGCCCGUCAAGAUGUCGGUCUUCAACUACCACAGCGAGGCCCUGCCGGUCCGCGUCACCCUGGAGGACAGCACCGAGUAUGAGAUCCUGGAGGAGGCGGGGGCCCCAGGCGUGCGGGGGAAGCGCAGCGCCUGUAUCCCGCCCAAUGACAAGGCGGUGCUCACGGUGAGGGUCCGCCCGUCCGAGAUCGCUGACGUGAACUUGACAGUGUCCGCCGCUGUGGAUGCCGCGGAGGUGGGAGAAUGUGGCGCCGGAGCAAACUCGCCUCAGAGAACCGAUGCCCUGAUCAAACCUAUCAAGGUGGAGGCCGAGGGAUUCCUGCGCGAGAAGACUUGGACCAAAUAUGUGUGCUCUGCCGAUGACUUCGCGCCGGGCCAGACCUCCCUCACCCUUGAGUCCUGGGACUUAGUGCUGCCGGACGUGCUGGUGGAGGGGUCUGCGCGAGGCUGGGUGACGGCCGUGGGUGACCUGCUGGCUCUGUCCCUUGAGAACCUCGGCAGCCUCAUCCGCAUGCCGUACGGGUGCGGCGAGCAGAACAUGAUCAACUUCGCCCCCAACAUCUACAUCCUGCGCUACCUCAACACCACGCGCCAGACCACGCCCGAGGCCACAGAGAAGCUGCUGCGCUACAUGAACACAGGUUACCAGCGCGAGUUGCUGUACCGCCGCAGCGACGGGUCCUACAGCGCAUUUGGCAACGCUGAUGACUCUGGGUCAACAUGGCUCACCGCCUUUGUCCUCAAGUCCUUCGCCCAGGCCCGGGACAACAUCCAGGUUGACGAAGAGAAGCUGAACGAGACGAGGAGCUGGCUGAUGAAGCAGCAGGACACAGAGGGCUGCUUCAUCACCGUGGGCAAGGUUCUGCACAAAGGCAUGCAGGGCGGCUUGAGCAACAGCAAGACUCCUGCGUCACUCACCGCCUACGUGCUGGUGGCGCUGAUUGAGGCCGACGAGGACCUCACCUCCAAGCCCGUGAACAAGGCCGUGCAGUGCCUCACCAGCGACACCUCCAUCCAUCCCUACACCCUCGCCACCAAGGCUUACGCCCUGGCCCUUGCUGGACGCCCCGAGGCCGCUGCCGCCGUGACUGCCCUGCUGGAGGCUGCCGUAGACAGCAAGGACGAAAUGUACUGGAAGCUGCCAGAGAGACAAGGUAACAGCCAAGCCGCCGCCCUGGAGACAGCCGGCUAUGCCAUCCUGGCCCUCCUGACCCUGGACGCAGAGAAGAACGAGCCGCAGGCCAGGAAGAUCGUAAAGUGGAUUACUACCCAGAGGAACGGCCAAGGAGGCUUUUACUCUACCCAGGACACCAUCGUGGCCCUCCAGGCGCUGGCCACCUUCGAGAGCUACCAGCACCAGGGGCCGCUCAGCGUGACCGCCACUGUCACUGCAGAGGGCUUGACGCACUCCUUCAGCAUCAACGACAACAACAAGCUUCUGCAACAACUGGUGACGCUGCCCACGCUGCCCACCAACGUGACGCUGGGCAUGGAGGGCGAGGGUUGUGCCGUCAUGCAGGCCGUGCUCCGCUACAACAUCCCGACACCCGAGCCCAGCGACGCCUUCGACCUCACCGUCAACACCAACACUGCACCCGACCAUCAGUGCGUCACCAAGCGCAUCACCGCCUGCGCCUCCUACCGUCUCCCCGACAACUCCUCCAACAUGGUGGUGAUCGAGGUGGACCUGAUCUCCGGCUACAUCCCCGAGAAGGAGGACCUCAAGAAGCUGCUCAAGGAAGACAAGAACCUGAAGCGCUACGAGGUGGACGGCAGCAAGGUGAACUUCUACGUGAACGAGCUGACGGCCAAGGACACCUGCGUCAACUUCCGGGUGAUUCGCGAGGUGGAUGUGGAGGAGGUGAAGCCCGGCACGGUGGUGGUGUACGACUACUACCAGCCCGAGUUCUCAGUGUCUAAGAGGUACACGCUUCCCCCCAAUGAUGAGUGUCGUUAAGCACCUGUGGAAAAAGGGCUGACAGGUGGUGGCGUCCUACCUGUCCAUGACAACACCUGAAACUACCAGUGGGCGGAGAACCGACACCAAGGAGAGAAAAUGGACAGGUGGCGAGAUCUUACCUGACCAUCUUUACCUGUCCACUAUACCUGUAACUAACGACCCAGGAAACGGACGGCAUGGACAGGGAAUGGACAGAACAAAGCACCACCACCACCACCUCGUUCAGCCCCUAUUCAAACCUUUUUAUCUUGCACCUUUUUUUCCGACACAUCCCUCCACAGACUGACUUAAGAGUAUUUUUGUAUAUGCUCUGUGGAUUACAAAGUCGCACCCAAACAGCUUUUUAUCUUCGCUCUCUGCUCACAGAUAAAUUACUUAAUACAUACACCCACGCCUUCAGGAAGACUGUAGGUAGCGUUAGUGUUUGCGUUCGAUGUUGUAUGUCUGGCGGCAGUGUUUUUGGUGUUGCCAUUUUUAUGGCGUUUAAAUUAGUGUUUUCCGGUGUUUUGUUCAGUUAUAAUUCUGCAUCACUUUGUUUUGUGCAGUUUUCUCUUGCUUUGUUUGUCUGUUGUCAGUAGCCGCCACCACCACAGGUUACAUUAUGUAGAGAAGCUGAACAAUGUUUUUAGUGUUGUAAUAAAUAGUUACCAUUUAA